GCCUGAGGGCCGUAGCCCCUGGCGUGCCCAGUAAACAACUCCCUCGCACAAAUGUCCACCUGCCAUGAACUCCAGAAAAUGGGGACGCAGAGGUUAUUUUACCUGAAGCGCCUCCCUCCCAAUGACGGCCAGUACGACGUCAUUCCGUUCAAGGAGGAUGAGGUAUUAAUUGGACGAACAAUAGAUGCUGCCUACAAAAUUCUCGACAAGCUUAUAUCACGAAAGCAUGCACUUUUCAGACGAAAAUUAGAUCAUUGGACUGUUACUAAUCUUAGUUUAAAUGGGGUAUAUGUGAAUGGUGAAGCCAUUGCCAAGGAAACAGAGCAUGAUCUGAGCGUUGGUGACACAGUACAGCUUGGCCAGCCUGCAUCAUUUGUUUAUCGCUUUGGAAUGAAGGUGAUUGGUGCAAGGCCUGGAAAUACUUCACAAGAUUGUAGUAUCAAGAGAAUCAAAUCUGAGAGAGAGAGGAGUAGUGUACAAGUCAACCUUAGUCAAGAACACGCAAUACUUGAACAGCAGUUAAAAGAGAGUGAUGCCUUGCAAGCAAGAUUGCAACAAGAGAGAGACCAGUUGCGCACGUCACUUCAUCAGCAGCAUGAACAGUUACAAGAAAAAUAUCAGCAUGAAAGAGAGCAGCUGGAGAUGCAGUUUGCGGCUGGUGCUCUUGCUCAGCAAGUAAUGCUGGAAGAGAAGGAAGCUCUUGCCAAGAAUUUAGAGAUGCAGGUAACACAGCUUCAAGGCCGGUUGGAUGAUGAACGUAAAACGUUGGAGGAGCGUGCAAGAAAAGAGGAGGAACAAAGAAACCGUAUUCUCCAGGAAAAGGAGAGUGUUCUCCACCGACUAGAGAAGGAAAAGGCCAACCUUGAGCUCAAGCUAGAAGAAGAACGUAAGCGCCUUCAGGAUCAACUUAAAGCUACAGAGAGUCACAAAGCAGAGUUAAGACAGCAGGUGCAAGAAAAGGAGUCAGCUAUCCGGGCCAAGGAGGCAGAGCAGAAACAAGCUGAACAAGAGAAACAGAAGUUGAAAGAUGAGUUGGCUCAGGAGCGAUGUAAUCUUAUGAGGGAACUUGAAAGUGUUAAGAAUGCACUUGCUGAAAAAGAGCAAACAAAUGCUCUUCUUGGUUCUGAACUCAAGGACAAGGAGGAGGAAUUGCGCAGUAAAUUGUCGUCAUUGGAAAGAGGAAUGCAAGAGAGAGUAACAGCGGAAGUGGAGAAGUCUACAGCCGUAGUGCAUGAGAAGGCCAUGAAGGAUUUGCAACAAGUACUUGAAGAUAAGAGCAGAUUACAAGAAGAGCUACAUCAUGCUCAAGCUCAUGACCAUGAACAGUUAGCUAGUUUACAUGAAGCUCUGCAAACUCUGGAAGCCCAGAAAAUGUCACUGGAACAAGAGCUUGCGUCAACAGCAGUAGCAUCAGAACAUGCAAGGAAGGAGGUUGUGGAAUCUGUUUCUGAUGUUCUUGAAAAUGAAUUCCAAUGCCCCAUCUGCAAUGAGCUCUUCAUCACUGCCAUAAUGCUGAAUUGCAGCCAUACAUUCUGCAGAUACUGUAUUGACCAAUGGAAAAAGAAUAAGAAAGAGUGUCCAAACUGCCGUGCUCCCAUUACGUCUGAGACACGCUCUCUUGUAGUUGAUAAUUUCAUCGAGAAGAUUGUGCCAACCUUAUCGGAAGAAAUGAAGAGAAGGAGAGCAGAGAUUGUUGCAGAAAGGAAAGCUGUUGUUGAAGCAGCAUCUCUAGCCCAAGCUCAAGCAGCAGCUGCAGCAGCAGCAGCACCAAGGGGUCGGGGCAGAAGAGGCGGCAGAGGAAGAAAUAGAAAUGGCACAAGGCAAAGAGAAGUCCAAGCACAGGCAAGACAAAUUCACACUGGACACAAUCAGAUGAUUGGAGAAAUCAUUGCAGCUCCUCAAGCAUUAAACAUCCAACAGCAGAGAAGAGAACCAGCGCAUCAAAGUCAUAAUAAUAUCAGAACAGUUUCUCAAAGAAGAGAAACUGGAAUAUCAGAGGCAAUUACACUGAGCAGCAGUACUGACACUACUGAUACCAGUGUCAAUACAGAUUCUUCCUCAUUAUCUGGGGAUGAAAAUGUAUACUAUGGGGGUUAUGGUCGGUGCUACAACUGUGGUCGGCGAGGUCACUGGGCUACUGGGUGUCCUGAUAUGUGGUUUUAAGUUCAUCAUUGGCUGGUCAUUGCCUAUGGGCCAUUACUUAGUCUUGUUCAGUUAUGGUCAAUAGUGUGUAUCAUUGUGCUGUGCACACACACACACUCUUGUCUUGUUGGUGAUGACAGUUCAAGCAUUUCAUUUAAUUUUAUAUAAAUUGUUGAAUGCUAAUUUUUGUGCGUGAAGGUUUUAUUUGCUGCCUGUGAGACCAAACAUGUGGACCGUAAUAAAGCUGAUGUAGUUAGACGGGUGAUAGGUUCAAAGAUGUAAAAACUGACUUGUUUUAAUACUUGACAGGCUGCCUGGGUCACAUCCUGCACAUUAGGCCGUGUUUCUUGUUGCUAACAAUGAAGGUACAGCGUCAUCUCAGAUGCUAUUAUCCAGGAUUUGCUUUCAAUAAGCAUUUUAUAAAAAAAAUCUUAAUAGUUGGUAAAUUUUAGAGUACUGGUAUUGUAUACAAAUUUUAGAAAUACCUAUAUUAUGAUAAAUAAUUAUACAAUUACUUUUUCUUCUGUAUUUGCAGAAUAUUUAAUAAAAAGAUAUUGCCUCUCCUGUCACUAUUUUUUUCAUUAUUAUAAAUUUUGUGAUUUUUCCUGAUGGGUGCACACUUUAGGUUCCCCAGACUAAGCUUAAGCUGAUCAAGUCAAUUCUUGAGGAGCAUGGACCAGAAUAUGGCUCUCUACAACAUGAGGGGCGUUUGGGAUCAAGGGAUGAACCCAAAACCGCUAAAACUUGACAGAACCGAUAAGUGUAACAAAGGCAACUGUGUGAACAAAAUUAGGUACCUCUAGGUAAUGAGAAAAACAGUCAUUGUCGAAGGGUAAACACCAUAACUGUUAUGCACCGGACUGCCAUUAGGUUUCCUGCCCAGGUCACCCGAGGCUCGAGCUAAUUUGGCCCAUCACUCAUCUGAUCUCAGCAUAGAACAUCUGACAGGACCCAUCCUCUGUUUCAUGCUUAAACUAAGCCAUGCUGGUGUCUUUUUCCUGAAAUAUUAUUUACAUUGGGGGACUAUGACAUUGUAUUAUUUCCUUUCUACUUCUUGAUUGAGUAUUUUAUGUCACAAAUUUUUGCAUACACUAGCUUUAUAUUUUGCUCCAAUUGUUGACCAGGGUUCCCUUCCUUGGUAGUUGACUUAUGUUUCCAUUUUUCCCACCAAGGAUACCUGAUCUGAGGGGUUCUGGGUUCCUCCACUACAAUCUUGACUGGUUCUCGCACUGUGAGAUCUGUUGAUGGGAAGUGUGGUAGUUAUCAUUGUGCAUGUGUUGAGUCUGUUGGAGCUCUGCGCCUUGGUGAAUGUAUGCUUGGCUCUUGUAAGUGAUUGAUUGUUCUUGUCCGUCAUUUCCUGUGCCAUUCCGUGCCUGGUAUUUGUUGUUGGGAUUCAGCUAAGAUGUUUCCUUCAUGCUUGGCACACACAUAAAGCCAUCAACGAGGUGAGCCAGGUGCCUGGUUUCGCUUGUUUGUGAUUUUUUUUUGUCUUGUAUAUGUUUUCUACAUUUUACUGUUGCCACCAUUUUUUCUAUUGAUGUAGAACCACCUCUCUCCUGAUGGGUUCCCAUUGGCUUCAACCUUGUGUCUUUUGCAUAGCUUUCUUUCUAUGGCACAGGUGUUUUUCAAGCAUUAGGACUGGGGGGGGGGGAGGUCUUGUGGUGCCGAGAGUAUCAGGUCUUGCUCUUGGGUGCUCCAUAUGGGGUCUCCUCCUUUGUGAGCAGUGAGCUGGUGGUAGCAGUACCCAGAGCCAUUUGCUUCAAUUUUGUUUAUGGCAUUUGAGGCUGUUUCCUUUGGGAUUUUUGACGAUGGCCUCAAACCCAACUUUUGUUCUGGUAGCCCAUGGGGCCUCACCUCCAAUUUGGGUGGGAGGGGGCAGUCUAGCUGAAGCCCCAGCUAACCUUGCCUGCCACCUAAUGGUGGUCAGGCACAUUCCAGUUCGGGUGUUCAUUGUGUGGCCAUGAUUGUUUACCUUGUUAUCGCUGGGUAUCUAAUUUUCUUCAACCAAUUGUUUGCUUUGCUGCUUUUAUACUCUCCAGUAGGUUUCUUCUCAGUUUGGGUUAAUUUCUUCUAUCCCCAAGCUUCAGACAUCCUGUGGAGAGCCAGAUUCUGGUUCAAGCCUGUGAUGGGCAAGGGUGGAACUCAGGGAGAUACCCCAUGCCUCUAACGUUUGGCUUAGGGAGUAACUCGGUGAGCUACUGAGGCCCACCAGAAAAGGCCAUUUCAUUACAUUCAAUGCAUGAUUUCUAAAAAUGUUAACAUUUGACUUAAUUUUGUUUUGUGGACAAAGAUAUUUAGAGUAUAAUGAUUAAUGAUGAUAAUGUUAAAAGAUUUACCACCUUUAUUUUAUACCAUGGCUGGUAUGUGGAUAUUUUUGUCUGGAAAGGUUAAAUUUUAAAUCUAAAAGUUGUGGGAAGUCUUGUUUCUAUUCAUUUGAAAUGAGUUAAACAGGGAUGAGGGUUUUGGAAUCUUGAUACUGGUAUAUCAAGAGGCAAAAUAAUACAAGUUCAGUUAACAAUAUGUUCUUGUUAACCUUAAACUGCAAUAUUUUUCUUAUUUAGCAAUCUAUAAGUAAAGAAUAAACAUUAGUAAUAAAGUCUUUAAUGAUCACUGUAGUCUACCAUGAUCAAGGCUGCCAUAGCAGCAGCCAGAGGGUUUUCAGUUCAAAACAAUUGUCCACUCAUGUCAUGGGACAAAUUGAUUAGUAUAAAAAUUUUGUUUUCCAUCUUGUAUAAAACUUAAGUAAAAGGGACACAUCAUUUGAGGAAAUAGAGGGGUAGAUUCUCUGCUCUACGAUAUGGAAGGUGGAGUUAAAUUUUUCUAAUUUGCUGAACAAUUACUAGUGUACACAGUAGUGAUGGAAUGUUGUAAUAAUAUAAUGUAUGAGAAAAUAUUUAUCUUUCAUCAAUAUUUUCCUAUGCUUUUUGUUAGUUUUUUUACUUUCUGAUAAUUACUUGUAUUAAAAUGUACAUAUAACAAGA